AGCCAGUUCGUUUUAAGACGACAACUCCAAAACAACUCGAUAUGGAGGUGAUAAAUUUUAAGAUCUUUUUUGUUGUUGUGGUCCUUUUUGAUUUUUGUGGUGAAAUUUUUGCAUUUCCCGAUGGGGCUCCGGUUGAUGCUUGCGUUAAACCAAAACCAAAUCAACCUUAUCACGGUCAAGCUAAACCACAACCAAUCGAAUCCAAUCCUUAUCAAAUUAUUGCUAAUCACGAUCGAUACGGACCUGGACAAGAAAUAACUGUAACGAUUCGUGGUGAUGAAUAUUUCAAAGGAUUCUUUGUGCAAGCAAGAGAUGCUCGUACCAAUGAAUGGAUUGGAGAAUGGGUUGAAACGCCGAAUGUAACCAUACAUCCGGAAUGUAGUGCGAUAACCCACGCCGAUCCCAAAGAAAAGCAACAAGCUGUAUUUUUAUGGCGAGCCCCCAAAAAUAAGCAAGGAGGACGAGUUUAUUUCACGGGUACCGUUUUGAAAGAUUACAACACGUUCUGGUCGAAUUUGGUGAACGUUGUGAGUCACUAAGAUGUAAAUAUCGAUCGAGAUUUUGUAAAUAAAGUUUUUUUUUUAA